AUGGGUCCUACCGUGUCCUUCGGUGACAAUAACUUCGGCCCGCAGGUCGGGAUCAAUAACGGGACCAUCAACAAUGCUUUCAAUUAUUCUCCUACUAUUGAGACUCAGCUCCCAAUCGUACCGGAGGCUCUCUUCAACCCAUCCACUGACCAACAUGAAAAUGAAUGCCUUGAAGGAACGCGUGUCGACCUUCUUCGCCAGAUCAAAGAAUGGGCUUUCUCCCCACAAGACUCGCGCGAAGGGAGAAGUAUAUUUUGGUUAAAUGGGAUGGCUGGAACAGGAAAAUCGACUAUUUCUCGAACUCUGGCCAGAUAUUUUAAUGAAAUACAUGCUUUGGGUGCCAGCUUCUUUUUCAAGAGAGGCGAGGGCGACCGAGGAAAUGCGACAAAGCUCAUCUCAUCAAUCGUGCGACAGUUGGUGAUCAGCCUUCCUCGACUGCGUCAUCCUAUCGAGCAAGCAAUUCAUGACGACCCUCAUAUAGUAAUGAAGGGAAUGAAGGAGCAGUUCAAUAAAUUGAUCCUUCAUCCACUUUUUGCGUUAUCCUCCCAGCGGCCUAACUUUACUGCUCAGACAGUCAUUAUAGUGAUUGACGCACUGGAUGAGUGCGAGAAAGAUGAUGACAUACGACUCAUACUUCAUCUUCUGCCACAACUGCAAAGACCAAGAUUAUUACAUCUACGGGUAUUCAUAACCAGCAGACCCGAGUUGGAGAUACGUGCGGGGUUCUCCGGGGUUUCAAACCACGAAGACUUCAUUCUGCAUAAGAUUGCCAAAGAAGCUGUGAGCCAUGAUUUAGCACUAUUCCUGAGCCACAGGCUUUCCAAAAUCAGGACAGAGCGCUCCUUCCCUAUAGAUUGGCCUGGGGAAUCAAAAAUCCACCAUUUGGUGAGACUUUCAUCCUCAUUGUUCAUUUUUGCCGCUACAAUUUGUCGCAUGUUCGAGGACCGCUCCCUCGACCCAGGGGAAGUUCUUGCGGAGAUACUUGUGUCUUCUGAACAGACAUCUAAGCUUGACAGAGCAUAUCUUCAUGUGCUCAAUCGCCUGGUCAAGGGCCCAGGGAACGGAAGACGCCAAGAAGAAGUAGCGAAGGGAUUUCAGCAGGUUGUUGGUGCCAUCGUGACCCUUGAAAGUCCACUCUCAAUCUUUGCACUUUCGAACCUUCUGAACAUGACGCAAACCACCAUCCAAAGCAGAUUGGAUCUCCUGCACUCGGUCCUAAGUGUUCCAAAUAGCAUGACCCAGCCGGUCCGCCUCUUUCAUCUGUCGUUUCGAGAUUUCCUUCUCGAUCCAGAAACCCGUCAUAAAAGCCCGCUCUGGAUCGAUUCACUGGAAGCGCACGGUUACAUUGCUAUGAAAUGCCUGUCUCUAUGUCAGAAGAGUCUACGACAGAAUAUCUGUCAACUGCCCGGGUACGAUACAUCACGUAAAUUUCUAGAUUAUGAGACUCUCAACCGCUACCUUCCUCCAGAAAUGCACUAUGCCUGCCGUCACUGGGUAUAUCAUCUCACACAGUCCAUACAAACAAUCCAUACCGUGCAUACAUCCGAUGGAAUUAUCAACAACGCCGUUUCAUUUCUUCGCGCACACUUCUUACAUUGGGUGGAAGCUAUGAUCCUCUUGGGGCUGAUGUCAGAGGUGGUCGUAGAUAUUGAUGCUAUGUUGGAGCUUCCAGAAGACACGCUCCCAUCGACAGUGUCUGAAUUUCUCGUCUACGGAAAACGCUUUGUCCUCAAAAACUCCCAGAUUAUAUACCAAUGCCCCCUGCAGCUCUAUUGUUCUGCAUUAUUAUUCUCGCCCAGUAAUCAAAUUGGAAGAAUAUUUGAGGCCGAUCUCCCCUCUUGGCUAUCCCAGAUUCCACAAGUAUAUACUGAUUGGAGCUCUGAGUUGCAGAGUCUCGAAGGCCAUGAGGGUCCUGUCCUCAAAAUGAUUUUCUCUCCCGAUGGUCGGUUAAUAGCGAAUGUUUGUGGGCAGUUCACACUACUCUGGGACCUGGCGACAGGCAAUUUGGAGAAAAGGUUCGUUUCGGAGAACUUUAAGGUUCUUCCGAGGGCCGAAAGAGAUGAUUUCUUUUAUUGGGAACCGUUGGUGUUCUCUCCUGAUAGUCGAUACCUCGCAUCUGUGUCACUCGAUGGUCAAUUCAGGGUCUGGGACAGAAAAACCAAAACCCUCCACGAAACUAGCCACCGCGGCAUCCAGAGAGUGCAAUUCUCACCCGAUAGUCAGUUGUUCGCGGUUGUAGCCCACAUAGGCAAGAUGAUAACAUAUGACCUGCCGAAUUUCAUCGUCAAGCAUACCUUCGCGGGCUAUUCGGAGAUAGCGCCGACUAGAAUAUUCUGCCCCGGUGGUCUGGUUCUAGCGUCCGGCUUUGUGGACGGUACCUUGGAUCUGACUGAUCUCGUGACACGGGAGGUCAAGCACAGGUUCAAGGGUCAUUCGAAUGCGGUUGAUUCAUUACAGAUAUCGGCUGAUGGGCGAAUAUUAGCAUCCUUGUCUGUGGAAGACAGAGUAAUAAAAGUAUGGGAUACCACGAGUGGCAGUCUAAACCAUGAAAUUAGCACCAGCUCAGAGGCUGGGUUGAUAUCAGACCCAGUUCCGUCCAGACGGCUGGCUUUUUCUCCCAACAACCGAACAUUAGCUUUUGUGACGAACUACUCGCUCAAUAUGUGGGAUUUUACGACACACACUUUGCGUACCCAGAAUCACUCAGCGCUCCGAAAUAGUUAUCUUGAACGUGACUUCCUCCGUCAACUUGCUUUUUCACCUGAUGGGUCCUUGCUGUUGUUUGUUGAGACAGACGGCUUGAUGACAAUCUUGGAAUGCGCGACAUGGCUACCCAGACACACUCAUGAAAUGGGCCUAAGAGGUGUGUUCUCAACGGCUCUGGCACCUAACAACCCGGGGUUCUUGCUAGCAUCGGGCGGGAGGGAUGGCACAGUACUGCUAAGGGAUCUCGCUGCCAACCAAGAUAUCAAAUCCACAAAUGAGAUCAGGGAAAUGGUCAUCUCACAUGAUAGAACAGUUUUGGUUUCGAGGUCCCCUGGCAAAGUUCACAUAUGGGACACCAUGACAGGAGACGUAAAGAAGACCCUUUCUUUCUCUUAUGCCAAGAAGUUCCACAGGGGACAGCUGGAGAAUUUUGAUUAUAAAUUCUGGGAGCCCCGGCUCCAAGAGUUCCCCAGAACGAUUGACGCGAUGGCACUUUCCCUCGAUAAUCGGCUUUUGGCGCAGAUACACACGGCUGAUGAGAUGAUAACAAUUUGGGACACAGCAACUUUUGCCCCAAAGAGGAUCCUAAAGUCGCCAUUCCUAUUCGCUCCCAGGUUCAGCUCACCUUCCGUACACUUAGCAUUCGCGCGCAAUGGCUGGCUGGCUUCUAGCGUGAAUGACAACAUCGUACUGUGGGAUUCUUCAACCGGUGCACAUCUUCAACAUUGGACAUCAGCUGGUGGGAAAGUCGCUAACCUAGACUUUUUUGAAGGCGAACCUUCUUCAAAACCCAACUUGCACUUGUUUUCCCACGAGACUAGUGAGAAGGUACAUCUACGAACCAACUUUGGUGCCCUCGGGCCUGGGGAAGAUAUUAGUUCGAUGAAUCCCCUGCGUCCACAAGGGGAGCGCAUACUAAGCACCAUGCAGCGCCUGAAAUAA